UGGGCGGUGCGGGCCGCGGGCAGCCGGAGCGCAGUAGCCCCGGGAGCGAGCGGGGAUCUGCGGUGUCUGCGAAGCCCCUGGCGGCCGCGGGACGGGUCGAGAGGCAGGGGAUCCGGCUGGGAAAAGCACAAGAUCUGUGUGUACACAAUACUUCUCUCACAUGGCUAUUCCCAUCAAUUGCAGCAGGCUGAAUUGGGCCCUGUUCUGUAACGAGAGAAAGUUUUUACUAUUUGAUGGCUGUUUGUAAUGAGUUGAUGGACUGGUGACCACAUUACACAAACCCACCGUCACAACUGGCACCUCUGUGUACGUAUAGUGAAGGAAGGAGAUGGUGGACCAUCUGGUUAACACUGAAAUUAACAGCCAACGCAUUGCUUCCGUGGAAAACUGCUUUGGGGCAUCUGGACAACCCUUAGCUGUGCCAGGAAGAGUCCUUCUGGGUGAAGGCAUUUUGACCAAAGAAUGCCGCAAGAAGCCGAAGCCUCGGGUAUUCUUUCUUUUCAAUGACAUCCUCGUGUAUGGGAGCAUAGUGAUAAACAAAAGGAAGUACAACUCCCAGCACAUCAUACCUCUCGAAGAUGUCACCUUAGAGACACUGCCGGAUACCUUACAAAUGAAGAACCGAUGGAUGAUUAAAACUUCGAAAAAGUCCUUUGUUGUUUCUGCAGCCUCCCUCACAGAAAGGAAAGAAUGGCUCAGUCACCUUGAAGAAUGCAUUAGGCAUCUGCUGACAAAGACAGGCAGGCAGCCCUCCACGGAGCAUGCUGCCCCCUGGAUACCCGACAAGGCCACUGAUAUCUGCAUGCGCUGCACACAGACCAAGUUCUCCACGCUCACUCGCAGGCAUCACUGUCGGAAGUGUGGCUUCGUUGUGUGUGGGGACUGCUCCAGACAGAGGUUUCUGAUGCCACGCCUGUCCCCCAAGCCGCUGAGGGUCUGUAGCCUAUGCUACAGGCAGUUGAUAGCAGAAAAGAAGAAGGAAGCAGAAGUUGACCUGAGACAGCCAGAGCAGAUUGACUCUUCCAUGACUGGUUAUGAACCAUCUAGUGGUGAUGACAGUGAUAAAUCUGAUGAUGACAAAGUGGAACGGUGGCCGGGAGACGCAGAGUUUUAUGCCUCAGAAGUACCUUGGUCAUCUUUCCAUAGUUGACCUUCUUACCCUUGGCUUAAAGCCUGAGGAGCCAAAUUCUGACUUCUGAUCCACGCAUAGCCCUCAGUAUUUUCAGUGGUGAGCGUACAUUAGAGGGUGAAAUUUAGCCCCUCUUUAUCUCGUUUACUUUCAUGUGUUUUCCUGAUUAAGUCAGUCUCUAGUGAUUUAAGAGAACUAGUAUUGUGUCAUAUUACUCUCGCAGGGCAUGGCCUACAUCAAGACAGUGUGGUAUAGUGGGCAGAGCACUGGACUGGGAACCAGUAAACCAAGGUUGUGUUCUCUGCCCUGCCAUUGGCUUGUUGGCUGAUCGUGGGCAAGUCACUUCCCCUCUGACUCAGUUUCCCAUUUGUAAAAUGGGGUAAUAAUGACAUUUUUUGCUAAGAGCUUUGAGAUCUACUGAUCUCUAUACAAGAACUAAGUAUUAUUGUUAUUGUCUCAAAUAUACUACUCACCUGGGGGUGGACCCUUUCGUUGAUAUUAGAGGGCCAGUGAUGGGGUAGCUUGUGCUGCUACUGCCUGUGCUGUACCUCCUCUGUAGGGAAGAGAGGACUUCGCCUCCAAGGCUGGGAUUUGACAUGAGCACUAAAUACAUAUAAAACGAUAGAACUAGAAAUCUGAAGUACAUGGAAACCUGGGCUGGUGCCCUUUGAUCUCAGUACAGUAAGAUACUGAAAAAUAACCAGCAGGAGACCUGGGUUAGACUUUUAGACUGCCUUUUGCUCCCCAAGCUACCUGAAGCUGGGAGCCCUGGGGAAACGGUGAUCUCAGGAACGGGAAGUCUUGUGUGGCUCUGAAGCGAAACCUGUUGACUUCUCAUGAGCAUUAGAACAGCACUGGAGAAGUCCUCCCUCCCAGCCAGAGAACAGCCAUUGUGAUGACAGAAGGUAAUGGGAGAGUUAAGGUUUAUAUUAGGGGUGAGGUGAGAAAGAAGAGGCUGGCUCAACUCAGCAGAAUCACCCCACCCCUGCCCCAUACGUAUAUAUUUCCAGGUCUCAAAAUCAGUAACCCAGCCAGAUUCCACUGCCCCAGGGAUGGAAGAACCCCAGCCUGGUGGGUGAUGUAGCACAGGGUGGUAGAGCUAGUGCAAGAGGUGGUGAAGGGAUGGGUGGGAUGGUCAAAACUAAGGUCAGAUUCUAUGAGGUGCUGAAAUUACUCAAUGUCCAGUGACUCACUUGCUCAUUAAGGCCCCAAGCCUUUGCUGCAAACGUAUGUUGCAUAACUUCAAGCAUGAGCAGUCCUGCUGACUUCAGAGUUAUGCACAUGUGAGUGGCUUCAGGUUCAGGGCAUAACAUUAUAUGCUUAAUUAGAAUUGAACUUUGACAUUAAAGUUAAUCUCAAGUGAGACUGUGUCUAUUGAAAUAGCCUUUCGUCUCAUGUGUAACUAAAAUCAUUUACUAUCCGUGAAAAUUAGACAACAGCAAUUGUAUUGCAGCAAAUAACUGUACAACAAAAGCUCAGUUGCUACCUUUUCUGCAUAUUUUAUAUUGUGUAUUUUAUACUCUAGAGCAGGAAUUUAGUUAAAAGUAAUUUUCAACAUAUUUUUUUCCUUACCAUAGUCCAGUCUGUCUAACCACUGAAUUGCAUGCCAAAUGACCAGGUUGGGUUGGUUUUUUUAAUUAGUUCAAAGCAAUUAUUCUCAUGGGUUUUAUUUUUUCCUUUUUUAUAUACUGCCAAUGUCCAGCCAGUUUGUAUUAUUCAACCAAUUGUCAAUAAAGCUAUGGCCGAGGAGAGGGGGAAAAAGUGACAAAAAAGUAAAUGUGCUGUUAUUUAACAAAAAAACAAGCAUUGGGUCAUAUGCUUCGAUCUAAACACAUCCAGUCUAGGGUGAACUCAGCAGCAACUCUUCAGUCAUGUACUGAACAUUGGGGUUUUCUAUUUACUACUUGAAAGUGAAUAUUACUGAAAAAUAUCCAAGUCUGCGGCUUCCUGUCUGUUUAUUCCAUUCUUUCUCAGCAGACUAAGUUUUCCCAAGACUCUUGCUACCCCUGCAGUAAUUGAAGUGGUAUUUUCUGUGGGGGGGAGGGGGAGGAGGAGAUGGUGCAGAAAUGGCCAACAAACCUCAUGACCAAAACACAUGUUUCUGGUUUUUAGAGUAAUAAAGAACAUUGAGUCCUAUUUUUUUUCCAUCCCGCUUCAAAUUCUAGUUCAUAAUUAUGAACAGUGGCAAGUGCAUUUAUAAAGCUUCCCUCCCACAAGUGAGUAUAGGCUUCACAAACAAAAUAGGACCUUAACAAAAAUAAGUAAUUACAAAUAUCAAAUACGAAAGCCCAGAACAGAGGCCCCAAACUUCCCUAAUGUGAAUCUAAACAAGAUACUGGGGUUGAAAUAUACUUGGCAUUUGAGAGCUCUACACGUGCUAUGAGUGCUUAUCUACAGUAGGCCUUUUUAGGCUUUUUUCUACAAAAUUUCUCACUGCUGCUAACACUGAUUUACCACCACCAGUAGUAGGCACGUUAGUGUAGACAAGAGUUUCAGAUACACCGUGCACAAAACACCAGGAGCCAUGCUCACAAUGGGUCUCCCAUGAUCACUGCCACCAGUGGAUCUAAACUCGUGGCAGCAAGGAGGAGAUUGUUCAGGCUGAGGAGCUCUGGCACCACACUUAUUUGGUAAGUUUUACAACCAUUGCUGGGCAGGACAUUUCAUAAAACUUUUGUUUCUUUUAAUUGCCUGACCAGCUAGUUGUGACUUGGGUGGGUGUUCAGAGCCUGGGGAUUGCUGGCUCCCAGCCCUGUGAAC